CCAUCGUUUUCACUUGAAAGCUUUCCGACAAUUUCUCAUUUCUUGGGCUUGUAGUGCGGUCGAACGAACCUGAAAUUUCCUAACCUACUUCUUCAAGCUGUAUCUUAUAAACCUUGGUCUUUAUUGGCUGUUAAUACUUCCAUUCGGCAAAGUAAAUAUGCGACUACUCAGUACGGAAGUUACGGAUUCCUUUCAGCUAAAAGAAUUUCUUUAAAACAAUCUCCCCGCCUACGCUAUUCUUUCUCACAGGUAGGAGGAAGAUGAAGUGAUCUUUGAAGAUAUUACAAAGAAGGUAUUUAAUCAAAAGGAAGGGACCUUUGAAGACAUAGAAAAGGAGGAAUUUAGUCAUAAGAAAGGGUUUCCAAAACUUGAAGGAUGUCUCAAACAAGCCAUGCGGGAUGGACACGAAUGGAUCUGGGUUGACACUUGUUGUAUUGACAAAUCGAGCUCCGUAGAACUCAGCGAAGCUAUCAACUCAAUGUAUCAGUGGUACCAAAACUCUGCCGUUUGUUACGCAUACCUAUCAGACGUAGAAGAGAUCGGUUGUGUAGGGAAAAGUCAAUGGUUCACUCGUGGAUGGACAAUACAAGAACUUAUAGCACAGCGUCACGUCACUCUCUUCGAUAAGCAGUGGCGCUCACUUGGAAAAAAGGAUAAGCUUGCACAGGAAAUUACACAAAUCACAAACACCCCUAAAGAUAUUAUACUAGAUAAAUAUCCAAACCAUUGCAACCUUGCUCAGCGAAUGUCAUGGGCUUCCAACCGAAAACUACUCGAGAAGAAGAUAUGGCAUACUGCUUGAUGGGACUAUUUGACGUACACAUGCCGCCGAUAUAUGGAGAGGGAUCUGAAAAGGCUUUUCUUCGACUUCAGCAAGAGAUCCUUGGACGGAAUUCAGAUCAAACUUUGUUUUUGUGGAACCCGUCUCAUGAACCGUACAAUCAGGGUCUGCUAGCAACUUCUCCAGGAGAAUUCUGCACCCAUUACAGAUGCUUCAAUUGGCUAGAUGGUUUCGUGCCAGCUAGAAGAGAAAUGCCCCUCGACAAAAUCCCGGAUAAUCUAAAUCCAUACCAUCUAUUCAUUCCGAUGAAGCACACGCCUGGUAGCCGCCUAUAUAUCAAAGGAAAGUUUUUUGAUAGUCCAGGAGUUGAUGUGCAAUCUAAUUUUGGGUCUAAUGGCCUAGAAUUACAGCUUCUUUCCUACGGCAGACAUCAAAUUCAAAACAACAAGGAACGACGAGAGAGGAUUUUCGUGGCCUUCGACAUCUCCGUACAGUCUUCUGAGUCUCACACCAGCGUCUCCUUGGUACUGGAGCAGGACACGGACCCAAAUGCAGAGUUUAUUUUCGAUCGAAUGGGAGCUAUGCGACGAGUAAUUUGCACGGAAAAAGCUUCCAAGCCUCUAUUAGCGUCGGUGUGUCGUCAGAAAGGAAAUUGGUUUUAAUUUCUCAGAUACCUGUAUCGGCGCCUGGUAAACCUGCCAUGUUCAAAUUCAGUGCCCCAUUCCCUAAAAUAGUGUCGAAUGAAAUCGUAUCGAAUGAAACCGUGUCGAAUGAAAUCGUGAUUUGGCAAGCGGCAGAAUCGGAAAGCCUCUUAUGUUCUCCAACUAAGGCCUUUGAGUGCAUCGGCGGUGUCGCUUUAAUUAAUCAUGAUGUGAAAAAAUGAAUGAAGUCCAAAAACAUA